UCUAACACUUAUGCAGCAUUUGGAUUCGGUGCAAAAAUACCGCCUUUAUAUCGAGAAUCGCAUGAAUUUUGCCUUAAUCUUGAGACAGAUCCUUAUUGUCGCGGUGUUGACGGUGUGGUGGAUGCAUUCAAGAACGCAUGCACACAAGUACAGUCGAUCGCCAGUGCCCAUUUCGCUCAUGUUAUUUAUUAUGUUUCAAAUGGUCGAUUUCUAGCCGGAGCACUUAUAGCGAGCACUCAAGCAAUAAUUUCAGAUUGGCUGAGAAUGCACGUAAGCGUGGUGAUCAAGCAAGACCUCAAUAUUUUGUGCUCGUAA